AGAGUUCUUUUGGUCGGACAUAUCUGCGAGACUUCUCAGGAGAGCAUCCUUGGAUUCUGCUCACCCCCUGCUCCUUCAGGGAUGGAGGCGAUGGCAGCCAGCACUUCCCUGCCUGACCCUGGUGACUUUGACCGGAAUGUGCCUCGGAUCUGUGGAGUAUGUGGAGACCGAGCCACGGGCUUCCACUUCAAUGCUAUGACCUGUGAAGGCUGCAAAGGUUUCUUCAG